UCAUUUGUCCCUUCUCGCAUACUGUAGAGACGUUGACAGCUCCUUACGGUAAACAUGGCCGAAAAAAGCAUUCUGGAAAGCGAGGAUGAAAACAUUUUAUAUGAUUUGCUUAUUAAUACUGAAUGGCCGCCCGAGACGGACACUCAGAUACGAGGCAACAAGGAGCACAGUACAUCAGUUAUUGCGAAGGCAGUAGCAGGGCCAUUCCGGUUCAUUUUACACUAUUUGUGGUAUAGUCCUUCGAGCUCCUCUCUGCCGCCUGGACUCAUUCGCCUGGCCAGCAAGCAGAUCAACUGGCAACUGGUCCUGGCAAGUAAUGGCAAAUUAUUGGCAGUGGUUCAAGACCAGUGUGUGGAGAUAAGGUCUGCCAGAGAUGACUUUGGCUCCAUCAUCGGAAAGUGCCAAGUGCCAAAGGACCCCAGUCCCCAGUGGAGGAGGGUGGCCUGGAGCCACGACUGCGCCCUGCUGGCCUACGCCGACAGCACCGGCACCGUCCGGCUCUUCGACCUGAUAGGCAGUGAACUCUUCCUCAUCCCCCCGGUGGUGAGCUUUCCAGGAGAUUUCAGCUAUGCGGCGGCAGGCCUGAUAUUGCUGGAGUGCACGGCCGGAGCCCAGUGGUCGGCCGAGCUGCUCGUCAUCACCUACGGGGGCGGGCUCAGGAGCUACCUAGUCAGUGUUGGUGCCAAUCCCAGCUUCCAAGAGAACCACAGCUUUAGCUUCUCAACCCACUACUCCCAUGGGAUCACCUCUGCCAUCUACCACCCCGUCCACCGACUCUUGCUGGUUGGGGGGUGUGAGGCAGGAGAUGAGAGUGUGCCCAUGGCCUCCGGCUGCGGGAUCACAGCGUGGAGGGCUCUGUCUGGUGCGCCCCACUACAAACAGGUCGCCAGCUACGAGGAGCACGUCAACACAACCCAGAAGAGGGGCUACUUCAAGAUCCCCAGCUUCAGGUUGUUCUCCAGGCAAGGCGAUGAGAAGGACGGUGUGUUCCGCAUGAGCCUCAGCCCUGACGGCGGCGUGCUGGCCGUCAUCCACUUCUCUGGACGCCUGUCACUCUGGGAGAUUCCCUCCCUCAGACAGAAGGCUGCCUGGAGCCAGGACCAGCAGCCAGGAUUUGAGGAGAUCAACCCCGAGUGGAAAACUUCGCUGGAGAAAAGGAAGAAAAUAAAAGACAAGGAGCAGUACUAUCCGUUGAUGGACGUCAACUGGUGGAGCGAGGACAUGCUGAUCCUGGCCCGCUGCUCUGGCUCGCUGACCGUCUCCUCGGUGCGCUCGCUGCGCAACCUGCUGGGCAAGUCGUGCGAGUGGUUCGAGCCGUCGCCGCGCCUCACCCCCGCGCACGGCGGCGGCUUCCUCAGCCUGGAGUGUGAGGUGCGGCUGGCCCCGAAGCGCGGGCGCCUGGAGAGCUCCCAGAGCACCGGCUCGGGCCACGGCGGCGACGACGAGUACGGCGACGGCGACUCGGACUCGGACGACGAGUCCUCGGCCAAGGCGCGCUACUUCGGCUACAUCAAGCAGGGCCUGUACUACGCCACGGAGAUGGAGCGCUUUGCGCCGCCGCGGAAACGCCCGCGCACCGUGCUGAAGAACUACCGGCUGGUCAGCCUGAGGUCCACCACCCCGGAGGAGCUGUACCAGAGGAAGAUUGACAACGAGGAGUACGGGGAGGCCCUGUCUCUCGCCCACGCCUACAACCUGGACUCUGACCUGGUCUACCAGAGGCAGUGGAGGAAGAGCACUGUCAGCAUCGCCUCCAUACAGGACUACCUGAGUAAGAUCCGUAAGCGCUCCUGGGUGCUGCACGAGUGUGCCGAGCGCGUCCCGGAGAACGUGGACGCGGCCAAGGAGCUGCUGCAGUUCGGCCUCAAGGGGACCGACCUGGAGGCCCUCAUCGCCAUCGGCAACGGGGAGGACGAGGGCAGGUUCAUCCUGCCCGGCGACGUGGACCUGGACGACCUCCCCUACGAGGACUUCCUGUCCGCCGAGGAGGAGGCGGACCUUAAGAAGGAACGGGAGGACAAGAAGAGGAAGGAGCUGCUGGCCGAGGUGCACUUCAGCAGGCUGACGUUGGAGCAGAAGGAGCUGUGUCGCAGCCGACUGAAGCUGCUCACCUACUUGGACCGGCUGGCCACGUAUGAGGAGAUGCUGGGAGGCCCUCAUGCGGCUGAGGAGCGCUACGACUCGGAGUUCUUCAAGACGUUCCGCAGCCAGAACAUCAUCGCAUCCGCCCUGACCUCCGCCAGGGAGAGCAAUGUCCAAGCUCUGGAUAUCCUAUUCACCUACCAUGGUGCUGAGCUGCUGAAACACAGGCUGGCCAUCAUCAACAACUUCCCAGAAACCACCUCUCCCCACGAGUAUACCAGGCUACUGCCCGAGGCCUGUCUGGACGAGGACGGUGUGCUGGCGCUGAUACCGUGGGACGAGCAGAGACACCGGGACAUGGACUGGUGCGAGGCGGAGGAGUGCAGAGCCGUGCUGGACCUGAACCUGUGUGACGAUGACAGCUUCCUGUACGAGGAGGCCCCCGAGCUUCUGAGGUUCCGCUCGGCCUCGCCGCCCAUCCCCGUGCUGACAGACUGGUACCUCAGCCGGGCCCAGGACAUCGACUCCUGCUCCAGACAGGUGGACUGCGCCCUGUCACUGGUGCGUCUGGGCAAGGAGCGGGAGAUCCCGGGGCUGGAGUCGCUGUGCGAUGACCUGGUAACCAUGGAGACGCUGGUCUACGAGGCGUCCUGCGAGCUGAGCCUGACACUGCGUGACCUUCAGCAGCUCAGCUCCAUCCACAAGCUCCGCCUCCUGAUGAAGAAUUCGAGCGCCGAGCGCUACGUGAAGGACGCCUUCCAGUGGCUGGUGCCCUUCCUGCACCGCUGCGAGGGCCAGACGGCCGGGGCGGCCGUGGCCCUACUGCGGGAGUACCUGGUGGGCCUGGCUCAGCAGGACCUGACCUUAGCCCUCGUCGUGUUCCGGCAGUCCAAACCCGAUUGUCAACAGAAGCUCAUCAGUGACCCGGACCAGCUGAUGUCGGUGGCGUUGGAGUGCAUCUACAGCUGCGAGCGAGACAACCAGCUCAGCCUCUGCUACGACAUCCUCGAGUGCCUGCCUCAGAGGGGCUACGGGCCAGAGACGGACAUCACAGCCUCACUGCACGACCUGGUGGACCGACUCGAAAAGCACCUCAGUGUGUCCGAGGUGCUGGAGAAGCAUGGCCUCCAGAAGCCCAUCUCCUACGUGAGGAACAGCGAGAGCAGCCUGGGGGAGGCCCACCAGCUGAUGGUCAAACUCUGCCGGCACACCGGCCGCAAAAACCCACCGGUCAAUGAGAUGGUGUGGAGGGGAGUUCUGCAAGACCUGCUGGACAUCCAGCAGAGCGUGUACACCUGUGUGACGCCAGAGACCUGCCAUCAGGUCUUCGUGGAGUCCCUACUGUGCUCGAGCCGCGUGGAGAACCUGCGCCUGGCGGGGCAGCUGAUGCACUGCUCCCAGGUCAGCCAGGACGUGCCGGCGAGCGUGUCCUACCGGGGGAAAGGUCCCGCGCUGAGGGUGGCUUAUGACCAGAGCGUGGAGCUAGUGCUGGCAGCCGCCCGCGAGUACUUCAACUCCUCCACCUCGCUCACCGACUCCUGCAUGGGCCUGGCAAGGGCUUGUCUCCAGCUGAUCACAGACGGCCCGCCGGCUGUCCAGGAGGAGCUGGACCUCAUCAGCGCCCUCUGCCAGCUGGAGGACUUUGGCGUCAACAUCCUACCAUUGCAAGUGCGUCUGCGGUCUGACCGCCUGUCUCUGGUGAAGGAGUGCAUCGCCCAGUGUCCCACGGCCUACAGGCAGUCCACCACCCUCCUCCAGCUGGCCUGGUUGCUGCGUGUUGCAGGGGAUGAGGCAGACCAGCGCAAGGGGCAGGUGUUAACUCUCCUGGCUGAGCAGGCUGCCCAGUGUCUCGACUACAAGGCCUCCUACAUCCACUGCCAGGACCUCAUGGCGGCAGGCUUUAGCCCGGCCUGGGAGGUGGUGAGUGUGCUGGGACAGUGUGAGGGCUACGGGGACCUGGCGGCCCGGCAGGAGCUGCUGGCCUUCAGCCUCACCCACUGCCCCCCCGACAGCAUCCACGGUCUGCUGGCUGCUUCCAGCGACCUGGCCACCCAGAUGUUGUACCAGGCCGUCAACCAUCAGAUGGAGCCUAAUGUCACCCCAGCAACACCAGAGGCAGAGGACUCUUCCGCUACACAGCCCGGAACCCCAUCUGCUGGCUCCUCGGGGGGCCGGGCGGGGGACCUGCUCCAGCGGACCACCGCCACCACCAUGAAGGUGCUGACCACCACGGGGAUGACGACCAAGGCGGUGCUGACCGCGGUGGGCGACCACCGCUGGUGGAAGGACUCCCUCAACUACCUCCGCCCGCUGCAGGGUCCUGGCACGGGGUCCGGCGGCCAGGGGGCGGGGCUUGACAACGCUGGGCUGGAGAGACAGGCCUGCGGACCCUUCUACCAGGAGCUCCACCACAACCCCUACAUAGACCCGAGUCAGGACGUGUAUGCAGGCUGCAGCGGCGUGCCCCAGGAGAACUUUGCUGAGGUGCUGCUGAGGACGGGGAAGCUGGCUGAGACCAAGACCGAAGGGGGCACCCUGUUCCCCGCCACCGAAGUGUUGCUGCAGCUGGCCAAUGAUGCAUUCCCGAGAGACAUGACACUUGCCCUGUCUUAUUUACUAGCCUUGCCUCAGGUGUUGGAUGCAAACAAGUGUUUCGAGAAGCAGGCCCACUCCGGGCUGUCCCUGCAGCUGGCAGCCUACUACUACUCCCUGCAGAUCUACACCCGUCUGGCACCCUGCUUCAAGGACAAGACCAACGCGCUCUACCAGGUGAGCAGCCGGCACCACCAACACGUGCUCUCAGAGGGCUUUGUUUGUGGCAGACACCUCGACCGUGUUUGUUUGUAUCUAUUCCAGCCGCAGCUGAGGGGCUACAGCCACGCCUACGACCUCUCCCGGUCCGAGAGGUCCAAGGUGCACCGUCUGGCCGUCACCAUGGCAACAGACGGACAGCCGCUGGGCCGAAUAGGAGAGCUGCUGGCCGUGGCCGGAGGAUCGCCGGAACUCUCGGUCAAAUCCGUGCUGCACGACGCAGUGGCCCGAGUGGUGGCCACUCUCAGUGGGGACCCAGAUGCCGAGGCAGAUUACCCACAACCCCUUACUGUUCUGGAAGCCAUGGUGACCGCUGUACACAAUCACGUGCAGAGUGGCGACAGCGCGGUGACCUCUGACGACCUGCUGGCCUGGCUGCGUCCGUUCUGCGGCGACGCGGCUCUGCCGGUGCGGCCGCGGAUCAGCGUGCUACAGACGCUGGAGAACAGCUUCAGCCUGCGGGACGCCGACGUCCGCCUGCUGCUGCUGUACCGCACCCGCGCCGUGCUCCAGGAACGACCGGUGGAGAUGGAGGACGUGGAGACGGAGGACCAGCGCUACCGCCUCUUCCUGGACCUGCUCGGGAGCGCCCGCAAGUGGGAGGAGUUUCAGCAGCUUAUGCUCCUCCUCCAGGCCUGGCCGCCCAUGAUGAACGAGGAAGUGGUGGGAACGGAGCGUAACCCCUGGGUGGUCCUGAGCUCGGCACUGCUGGCGCUGUCCCAGAGCCCGGAGGUGCAGGUGGACCUGGGUCAGGAGGUCCUGUCCAUGGUCCGAUCCCUCUACAGGACCAAGCACAAGCUGCCCGCACAGUGCGUGGGCCACAUGGCGGCGGAGCUCCAGGGCCAGACGGGCCUCCAGCAGCCCGCCCUCAAGCUCAUGGCGGAGAGCGGCGACGCGAGGCUGCUGCUGCUCACCCAGGACCAGAUCAACAGCAUGAGCGAGGAGACGGCGUUGUCCUGCGACGCUGAGCUGCUGUCCCUGCUGCUGGACGCCGGGCUGCUGGUGGGCUGCGUCCCGUCGGCCCUCUACCCGCUGCUCAGCGCCCACCUCCUGUCCCAGCACCAGCGGGGGGGCUGGGACGUGGAGGAGGCCGCCUCGGAGCUGCUGUCGGCGGGCCACGGGCCCCAGGCCGGCUCCCUGCUCCUGGCCCACCGCGGGACCCACCCGGCCCAGGUCACCUUCAGCACCGCGCUGGCCGUGCUCAAGAGGUGGCUCUGAGGGCCCGCAGAGGUGUGUGUGUGUGUGUGUGUGUGUGUGUGCGGAGGAUUGUGGAGGAAUCGUUUGCCUAAAGACGAUAAAACCGUUGAUCCUAAAUAUGUUUUUGGAUGAAUGUCGUUUUUUUGUGUCUUGUGUUACACCUACUUUAUCCAACACAGUGUGACACACGGCUACACGUACACACACAGUAUAUAUAUGAGUCAACCCACACAGGUAUAUAUAUAUAUACACACACACACACACACACACACACACACACACACACACACACACACACACACACACACACACACACACACACAGAGACUUCCUGUCGCCACAUAAUUCGGCAAUAAAUCGGAUUAGCUAUUGAAAGCUAUUGAAGCCUCUGUGUGUUUCUCGGUAUGCUUUUGUCUAUCUUUUUUUCUAUCUUCCUUCGACUUGUACUUGUGUGUGUGUGUGUGUGAGUGUGUGAGAGAGAAAGAGAGUCAAUGAGUGCGUCCUAUUCCAUUAUUAUGUAAUGGGUUAACCAAGCCCUAUCAGGGGAAUGCUGUCGCAGUGAUAUGGGCUAUUGUUCCAUGGCUUUUCCUCGCCGUACAAUUGUCGUUUUCCUAUUUGACUUUUGAACACCUUCCCUUACCAUGCCAUUGUUUUCCAAUCUUAAUAACGUUUAAUUAAUUUCUUCCGCACUACAUGCCCUUCCAUCGCAACAAGUGCAUUUGCCUUAGUUAUUUUCCGUGGAACUAAUGAUUUUGACAUAAAUUGCUGUUUGUGUUUGUGUGUGCGGAAGAUGUGUAUUUCAGUGUGUACACUUGUUAGCACCUAUGACCUCUCACAAAAUCCCAAAAGAGCACGGGGCAUUUGCUCUGCUUCCUUCAACUUCAAACAUCAUGAAAUAAAUCUAAAUCCCAAAUCUGAACUUGCAUGUGCUUGUGUUUUAAUUUAAUCAAUUUGCCCACCGGUGAAGUGUAGAGUUGAGUGGCCAUGAGAUCUCCGCUGCAUUUUGACUUGUUCAAGCUCUGAAACACACCUGAUCACAACAACCUCCUCCGAGGCAAACCGCGUGACGCACAACUCAGCUCCACACUUUUACAAUUAUUAUUUUGCUUCCCUUCUCUAAACAAUCCCCUAUUGAGCAUUUUAAUGAGUUGAGCCUCAUUUCGCGAUUUUUAAUGAAUGUUUUUUUUUUCCCUAUAAAGUUUGGAAAGCAGUGUACACCUCGCGCGCACUCAUGUGUGCACACCAAACAUUAGCAUUUUAAUUGCAGUGUAUUUCUAACGCCUCCUAGAGAGCUGCAGCGCUGCGACCAGAGAGCGCGUGUGAGCUCCGACGCAGCCUCGUUUGCUCUCUAGUUUCAACACGCAACCUUUUUCUGUGUCUUCUUUGUUAUUCUUGCUUUAACGAGAGUGACGUUUGCGUACAGUCACGCACAUGAGAUAAAGCGGAGCAGGGUGUUAUUUUUAGGAUUUUGAAAGAGAACAGAGAAAAUACGAUGUUGUACGUGUACGUAUUUCCUCAAGGACUAAUGGGCAAAUAAGGACGUUGUUUAACUAUGUUUACACAGUCAUUCUACGCAGGGAAGUUCUCCUCACAAAGCCGUCUGAGUUGGGUGUGUAAAUAAUGAAUAAAAUCUGGAGCGCAUUGCAGUGAUAAUAAAUACAAAUCGAAAGUAUUGCAACGGUAGUAUGGGGAGAAAAUCAAAAUGAUGAGGUGCAUAAAAUGUGCAGGGCAAAAGAUUCAGAGUGAUGAUGUACAGUACA